CAGAUCCGCUGCGCCGUUCACCCGUUAUAGCUGGCUUUCAGUAUAUUGAAAUUAGCUGCUAACUGGCACGGGCGGGGUUAUUGCCUUCAACUGCCACUGUGACGUAACCGCCGCCCGGCCCGCGGCACCGCCUGGCUAAUGAAUAUUCAUGGUAGGCAUGAAAUUGCCUACACCCUUACACCAGCGCUGCUUCGGACGAAUGAAGCAACGCUGAAGACCGCUUCCGGGUAUAGUAGGAAAUCCGCCCAUGCGCAGUAUCGUCCAGGACUCGACCGAGAUGAUACAGAGAGUGUAAGACAACGUAUGAAUAUUCAUUAGCCAGCGGUGCUGCGGGCCGGGCGGCGGUUACGUCACAGUGCCAGUUGAAGGCAGUAACCCCGCCCGUGCCAGUCAGCAGCUAAUUUGAAUAUACCGAAAACCAGCUAUAACGGGCGAACGGCGCAGCGGAUCCGGGCAAGAGCGAGCGCUAUGCGUUGGAUCGACCAGGCAAGAGGCUGAAAGUAGGGUAAAGAAGCGCCAGUCUGCAGCCCACAAUGGGAAACGCCACUACCAAGUUUCGCAAAGCAUUGAUCAACGGGGACGAACACUUGGCCUAUCAGAUCUACGAGAGUAACCCGCAGCUGAAAGAGUCCCUGGACCCCAAUACUACGUAUGGGGAACCCUACCAGCAUAAUACACCGCUGCAUUAUGCAGCACGCUAUGGGAUGAGUCGCCUCAUAAGGGCUUUUCUCUUCAUAAAAGAUGGAAACCCAAACAAGCGCAACUUUCACAACGAGACUUCUAUGCACUUGCUCUGUAUGGGAUCCCACCUCAUGAUCUCAGAAGGUGCUCUGGAUCACCGCCUGCCCCGGCUUGUCGAUGAUGACCGCAAGCGAUCCGAAUGUUUGAGGAUGAUCCUGGAGUGGAAGGGCGCAAAGCUCGACCACGGGGAAUAUGAGAGGGCCGCUCUGGACGCCACUGACAACAAAAAGAAUACACCCUUGCACUAUGCCGCUUCCUCAGGGAUGAAACAUUGCGUAGAGCUACUUGUGAAGAGCGGAAGUAAUCUUUUUUCCGAAAACGAUAAUAAGGACACCCCAUGUGACUGUGCCGAGAAGCAGCGCCACAAGGAGUUGGCUCUCAAACUGGAGUCUCAGAUGGUCUUUUCCCGGGACCCUGAAGCAGAUGAUAUAGAAGCGGAGUAUGCCGCACUAGACAAGAGAGAGCAAUACGAAGGGCUGCGGCCUCAGGAUUUACGUAGACUUAAGGACAUGCUGAUCGUGGAGACGGCGGACAUGCUGCAGGCCCCUCUGUUCACCGCUGAGGCAUUGCUACGGGCACAUGAUUGGGACAGGGAAAAGUUACUGGAAGACUGGAUGUGCAGUCCGGAGAAUUGCUGCCAGAGAUCAGGCGUUCAGAUGCCAACCCCUCCACCCAGCGGGUACAAUGCCUGGGACACGCUACCUUCUCCACGGACGCCCCGUACCACUCGGUCAUCGGUCACGUCCCCAGAUGAGAUCAGUCUGUCCCCUGGGGACAUCGACCUGGCUCUGUGCGGUAUUUGCAUGUGCAGCAUCUCUGUGUUUGAAGAUCCAGUGGAAAUUCCGUGCGGACACGAAUUUUGCAGGACAUGCUGGGAGUCGUUUCUAAAUCUGAAAAUCCAGGAAGGGGAGGCUCACAACAUCUUCUGUCCAGCCUAUGACUGUUUCCAGCUGGUUCCUGUAGAGGUCAUAGAAAGCAUUGUGUCUAAGGAGAUGGAUAAGCGAUACCUUCAGUUUGACAUAAAGGCGUUCGUUGAAAACAACACUGCAAUCCGAUGGUGCCCGACGCCAGCCUGUGAAAGGGCGGUGAGGCUGAAGAAGCAGGGAAACAAUACUUCCGGUUCGGACUCCAUGAACUUUCCUUUGCUAAGGGCUCCGGCUGUGGACUGUGGAAAAGGGCAUCUGUUCUGCUGGGAAUGCUUAGGAGAGGCCCACGAACCUUGCGAUUGCCAAACAUGGAAGAACUGGCUCCAGAAGGUGUCUGAAAUGAAGCCUGAAGAGUUGGUCGGAGUGAGUGAAGCUUUCGAGGACGCCGCAAACUGUCUCUGGUUAUUAACAAACUCCAAACCUUGCGCCAAUUGCAAGUCUCCUAUCCAGAAGAAUGAGGGCUGUAACCAUAUGCAGUGUGCAAAGUGCAAGUACGACUUCUGCUGGAUUUGCCUGGAGGAAUGGAAGAAGCACAGCUCGUCCACAGGGGGAUACUACCGCUGCACGCGAUACGAGGUCAUAAAUCAGGUGGAGGAGGUGUCUAAGGAAAUGACAGUGGAGGCAGAAAAAAAACACAAAAGAUUCCAGGAAUUGGACAAAUUUAUGCACUAUUAUACAAGAUUUAAGAACCAUGAACACAGCUACCAGCUAGAACAACGUCUUCUAAAAACGGCCAAAGAAAAGAUGGAGCAGCUGAGCAGAGCUCUUAGUGAAGCGGAGGGGGGCUGCCCAGACACCACCUUUAUUGAAGAUGCUGUGCAAGAGCUGCUCAAGACCAGGCGCAUCCUCAAGUGUUCUUAUCCUUACGGUUUCUUCCUGGAGCCUAAAAGCACAAAAAAGGAAAUUUUUGAACUAAUGCAGACCGACCUUGAAAUGGUGACGGAAGAUCUGGCCCAGAAGGUGAACAGGCCUUACUUGCGCACCCCCCGCCACAAGAUCAUUCGGGCAGCAUGUCUGGUGCAGCAGAAACGUCAGGAGUUCCUGGCCUCGGUGGCACGAGGGGUGGCUCCUGCAGACUCUCCUGAAACAACAAGACGAAGUUUUGCUGGAGGAACAUGGGACUGGGAAUAUUUGGGAUUCGCUUCCCCAGAGGAAUAUGCAGAAUUCCAGUAUCGGAGACGGCACAGGCAGCGUCGCCGAGAUUUGCACAGUAUGAGGAGCAACACUCCCGAUCCAGACGAUCACACGGAAAACACGAUAGAUACUCUGGAGGUCCGUGGCAGCAGAAGACACGGUACAUCCACGGCAUUGAGCUCACUGGAUGAUGACGAUCCCAACAUCCUUUUGGCCAUUCAGUUGUCUUUGCAAGAAUCCGGUCUUAAUGUCGAUGAAGAAACAAGACAGUUCCUCAAUAAUGAGUCAUCCUUAGGAGCCAUAGGUUCAUCUCUGCCCACCCGGCUGGACCCUUCUCCGAUAAGUGUGGACAACCCAAGGUCAGCACUCAGUAGUUCUGAACUGCUAGAACUCGGUGAGAGUCUGGUCAGGUUGGGGGCCAGCAAUGAUCCAUAUACAUCAGAGCGAAUACAUUCACACUCAUUCACCGAUGCCCCAACAUCCAGUAGUGACCUGGAUUCUUCAAGUCAAGACCCCAACAUGAGUGAAAACCUCCUGGGAAACAUCAUGGCUUGGUUUCAUGACAUGAACCCUCAAAGCAUUGCCCUUAUUCCUUCUAUGAACUCAGAAACUGACGUCGACCUACCACCAGGGAGUGUCGGCGAACAUCCCAUGCCCGAUGUGGCCGAGGAGCAUGCACUUUUUCAGGAUGCACUAAUUCAUGAAGACCCCGAAACGAGAACAGACGAAAUGACUUCCGAGGAGAUGGCACCUCAGGCCGAAUUAGUAUCGCAGAGUGACGAACACAACACGAACGACAUCACGAGCAGUAUGACCAGUUCAGAAGAUAUCUCGAGUAGAACUCCAGAACCUUCCACUGAAUGGGUUGAACAGGUCCAUUUAGUAUGAACUCAUCCAACCAAACUGUCUAUUAGUUAACCUCCCGGAAAUCAUGAACAGAGGAAGACGAUGUUACCGACCGCUGGGUAAAUAAUCACGGUUUUUGGAUUUCCAAGACUUGAACUUUGGUCUUUUCUGCAUUUAAUGGAGUUUGAUUGCCUUUUUUUUCUUUUUCUUUUUUUCCCCCAAGAAAUAAGUAGGGUGAAAUCUUCUAAUAAAUGCAGUCAUGAUGUAGCCUUAGUUUGGUAACAAUUACAUUUUUUUUUUUUUUUUUUAAGUAAUUUAUGUUUUUAAAAAACAAAAAAGAAUUGUGGUGGUACCUCAAGCCUCUUCAGUGAUGCUGAAAUACGGAUCACUCACUCCUCACGUUAUGUUGUAUGAGAAGACUUGAUGUAGUGCAGGUUGCAUUUGUGGUUGGAGCCUACACAAUGUUGUCGGUGAUGUCACUACUCCUCUUGUUUCGUGUGUCCAGGACACAGUGAAAUUGCGUGCAAUGAUGGCGUCCAGUAUGAACCCUUAUUAUAUCCAUAUAAAGUGAAUCUGUCCAGCCAUGCGUGAUCAGAACCUGUCGUGUAACCCUGGUUAUAUAUACUUUUUCUUUUUUCUCUUGAUACAAUGCUAUUUUAAUUCCAUUAAUCAUUUUUUUCAAUUAAUAUGAACAAAAAAAUCAUUCUUCAUUGCAGGUCACUUUUUUUAAACUAGAUUUACUAAAAAUUGCAACCUAGUGGGGGAGUUGCGGCUUUGCUGGUACCGGUCAGUCAGUAGAAGAACAGCUCCUAUGGAAAAUUACAAUUGUUUUACCCAAUUUAAGUGUAAGAAUCGAUUUCUAAGGUUUAAGAAAAAAAUAAUUUUUAUUCCAAAAUGAACUAGACUUGGAGUUUUAUUUUUAUAUUGUUUGUUUAGCCCAUUGGCUUCUCUUUUGUUUAAACUACAGCAGCACCAGUGCUUUUUCCCCUAGUGCAUUCCAAGAGAUGUCAGAUUUUUUUGCUCCUCCACAGACGUGAACUGAUGCGGUGUAUUGUGUAUUUAGACUAAGAUCGAAUAUCGGAGCAGUUCAAUGGUUUCAUCUACUUAGACUGGUAAAGAUGUAGCAAGCACCAAGUCAUCCAGGAAUCUAUAGGAUAUGUUAUAUACAAUGAUCAAAGUAACUACCUAAUAUCCGUAACAUUCACCGAUGAAGAGUUAUUGAGGAACAAAUGGGCAGAUAACUGGUACAUGAGGCCCAAUUAGGGUAUGUUCACACUACGGAAUUCAGCAAUGACAAUUUUUCUUGUAGAAAUUUUCUUGAUGAAAUCCUCCUUUUGCUUCAUGGUAAAAUUUUGCAGAAAUGAUGCGGAAAUAAAGGGGUUAUCUGACCAAAUACAUCUUAUCCCCUAUCCAAAGGAUAGGUCAUAAGAUGUCUGAUGGCGGGGCGCCCGCCGCUGGGACCCCUCCGUGAUCUCUGUGCAGCACCCACAUUCUAUGCUGGGCUGCGUCUCAAGCCUCGGAAAGCUCUUUGCUUCCGGGACUGGAGACGUGACGUGAGGCCAUGCCUUCUUGUGAACAGAAUUUUUGUGGAAUUGCGUAAAUUCCGCCGUCUGAAGUGAGCCUUUACGUCGUAAAUUUUCAAGCCAAAGUCAUUAAGUCAAUGGGUGUCUUAUUCAAGGUGGAAUCUGCACAGAAUUUAGUGCGCAGAUUCCGCCGUGAUUUUCCGUAGUGGGUACUCACCCUAAGAUUCCAUAUCAUAAUAUUCAUAUAAUAAUGUUAUGGAAGUUGAGGUUAUUGGUUCCGUUAUUACACUUUCCAGAUUUUGGUGACAUUGUUGAGAUGUAUAUAUAACAAAUCUAUAUAAAUAAUUUAAAAUUGUAAAAAGUAUUCUGAAGAGGACUGGUGUUGAAUGAUUUAAGGGUCAAGUAAGUGAAAUUGCAGGAAAACCUGAAAAAGGGUCUUUAAGAAUGUUGUAAAGUUUUGAUGUACUAAUUUGGGGUAAAAAUUUAGCCAAAUUUAAGUUCAGUAGAGACUUUGAAACGUCAUCAUGUAAUGACUGCAUCGUGUUCUCUGGGUUUUUAUAAAGUUAAUUGAAAUAAGCAGUAAGCUGGGCGUGUACUGUGUGUUAUAUACCUCGCUACCCAGAGGAUAUCCGUAAAUAAGAUAAACAUAUUUCGAAAUCAGAUUUUUAUCUUGGAGUAGAUAUAAGGGGAGAUUUAUUGAGCUGUCUUAGGGCCCAUCCACGGAAUUUCUGCCCUAAAAAUUCUGCCGCAGCUUUCCAAUUGCAGCGUGAGAUUCUGCGCCACUGUUCACAUGACGGAAUUUCCGCUGCAGAACUUCAAGAUUCAGGACCCACUAAAAAAAGGAACAGGUUGAUUCUUUGGGUGGAAUACCACCAGGACUGCGUUGCCAUCUAUGGUGACAGCACAGGUCAGCGUGGUCCUUGCGCCAAAUUAUUUUGGAUGCGCCCUCUCCCGGUGGAGAUUAAACAGUCAGGAAUGGCACUAAGGGUACGUUCACGCUUUGUAAAAUGAUGUGCUGAUUCCGCUUGCAGCAGCCUCUUUUAAUGGGAGGCUGCUGCUCAUUUCACACAGAGGAAUUUCCAUUGCAGUUACUGCUGAUCUCAGCGA